ACUUCCAUGAAAAUACAGAUUGCCUAAAAUCCCCUACAAAAAAUGUGAAAUACCUAAAGAUUCCCUAAACCCAAACGACGAGAAUUUCUUCUCCUCGAAAUCUCCUCUGAUAAAUCAAUCCUUCUUUUCUUCCCCUAUUUAUUGAAUUUAUUUAUUUAUUUUUUUAUGACGCAGAUUACACCAAUAAAUCACCAAAUCUCUCUUUCUCAGAAUCUAGGGUUUGCAAAAUUCAGAACUCCUGGAUCUAGUCUCCAUUUCAAAUUUAGGGUUUCAAGAGUUUCGAUUUCCUUUGAUUGUUAACGAAUUUGCUUUUGGUUCGCUUUAUCGCCAGUUCUGGUUGACUUCUAAUUUCUUUACCCGGCCUUUUGGUUUGUGAGGAAGUUUUUGUUUGCGUGGAAGGAUUAUGUGUUUUCUUUGCGGCGUUUAGAAGUUUGAUUCGACUGGGAGUUUCUUAUUGUUGUUGUCCUUUUGAUUGACGGACUGCAACGUGAAAAUUUGAAAUUUUAGGGUUUUGUAAUAAUGGCCAGGGUUGGUGAAGCGGAGAUUGAAUAUGAGAGUGAUCCUGAGGAAGAGAAGCGGUUGCUUGGAAGGAGAAGGAGAGAAGCUGCGAGUGACGACGAGGAGGGUGAAGGAGAAGAGAAGCCCAUAAUUGAUCGGAGGUCUCCAAUUCACUCUGAUGAAUCUGACGACCAGGUUGGGGCUGCAGACUAUGAUGACGACGAAGAAGAAGAAGAAGACGCAUUAAAUGGAGAGGAAGAUGGAGAUGACGAUGAAGAGGUUUAUGAUGAUGAAGUGGAAGAAGAAGAGGUUUAUGAGGAAGAGGAGGGGGAAAAAGGAAAUGAAAAGGGAGUAGGAGGCAACGGCAAUGUUGGUGUUGAGGUUAGGGAAAAGGAGAUUGAGGGGAGGAAGGUGGAGGAGAUGGGAGAGGAGAAAGUGGAGGAAGGGGAAGAGGGGAAGAAGGAGAACGAGCCAUUUGCUGUGCCUACUGCUGGGGCAUUUUACAUGCAUGAUGAUAGGUUUAGGGACAGUGCUGGUGGUCGGCACAGGCGAACCUUAGGUCGAAGGAAGUUGUGGGAGUCCAAAGACAAUAAGAAAUGGGGGCAUGACAAGUUUGAAGAGAUGACUUUGCAGGAAAGGCAUUAUGAACAGGGAAGAAGGAAUGCUAAAGGUAAUUUUCAUGCCCGUGGUGGUAAAAAUCGAGGUCCAGAACAAGGAUAUGCCAGACGGAACAGGUCGCAAUCAUUUAGUGAUGGUAACAAUCAAAACCAGGCACCAAAAGCUGUGAGAGGUAGAGGACCCAGAAAGGGUGAAUCUACUUUCAAGAGCCGCAGAGAGACACCUCCAGUGCAAAGCAAACAGCCUGGGAAGCCCCUUGAAAAACAUUCGCAUGGCAGUUCAGGGAGAGUUUUGAUAUCAGCAUCAAAUACAGAAUCUGAUCAAGUGCCCACUGCUCGAAAAAACUCAAACUUGAGUUCUGCUUCUCCUCCUUUUUAUCCUUCUGGAUCUUCAAGUAAAGACAUCACCUUGGGUCAGAAAAGGGAUGUACACGGUGCAAGCACAAGCAAGAAUCAUCGCACUCCUGUUAUAGAUGAGAAUUUUCCUAUGCAGCAAACCAGUGCAUUGGUGAGGGGGAAGAAUAUAGCUGACUCUGUUGCAAUUGACAAGCUUUAUAUUGAUGAUUCCAUCACUCCAGCAGGGAAGCCUUUGAACAAUAUGCAAACGCCACCAUCUGUAUCUUCUGUGGUCAGCACUAUCCAAUCUUUGCAAUCCAGGGCGCAAGGGAGGGGUGUAGCUAUGUCAAGCCAGAGGAGUUAUCAGGGGAGUCCACAGCACAACCUAACCAACAGAACCUCUCCCACCGCACCGCUUCACUCUCGUCAGCGAAGUCCUGCUCAAAACCGCAUUCAACCAGCUCCUGCUCAAAACCGCAUUCAACCAGCUCCUGCUCAGCCGUUAGUCCAACAUCCUGGUAGUGGCUCUCAAGCCUCUUCUCCACCAAAAACUGCUUUGUCACUAAAUUCUUAUGAAGCUGGUGAAGCAGAGACUGCUGUGGAAUCAAGUAAAUCCAGAACUGCAUUGGUUGGAAAGGGAAAAGGCAUUAUUCAAGGAAAUGGAAGGGGAUCUUUUCUUUAUGGUGGGGCAGAGGUUGUGGGAGCCACAAGGAAUAUGGGUGUUGGGCAUGGUGAUCAGAACCUCCCCGGAACACCAACGUUUUUGCCAGUUAUGCAAUUUGGAAGUCAGCAUCCUGGUGGUAUUGGAGUUCCUGCGGUUGGCAUGGCAUUUCCUGGAUAUGUUGCUCAGCCUCAACUUGGUUUAGGGAAUUCUGAAAUGACAUGGUUACCAGUUCUGACUGGUGCUGCAGGAGCUUUAGGGGCUACUUAUUGUUCGCCUUAUCUUACAGUUGAUGGUGCUUAUCAUGGUCGUCCAUCCAGGCAAGCAUCUUGCUUGGGUUCUUCAAGUGAAGAAAGUAGUUCCAAUGUACCCGAUAAUGAAUGGAAGCCUACUCAGAGACCUGAACUUGCAAGUGAUGAAUUUGGACAGCGACAAAAGCCUCGCAGAUACUCGGAGAUGGAUUUUAAGCAGCCAAGUACAAGCACUUAGAUGAAAUGGAGCGUGUUUUAAUAAGCAGAUACAGGUCUUCAUUCAAGCCCUUUGUGAUCUCCAGCUUUUAUUCUGGAGGGCUUUGGGCCACAGUAUGUCCCAGGAUAUUUUAGUUAUGUAACCAACGCCUGCUCAUGCUGCAGUCAAUUGGAGAACAUAAUUGUGGCUUGACGGGUGGCAUUUUCUUGUUAAAACUUGCAGUUUUCUUGUGGCUUGGUUUCUUAAUGAAGCUCGUGAGAAUUGCAUGCGGGCUUCUCAAAAAACUAUAUACUAAAAAAAUGAAAAAAGAGAGAAGAAUUAUUGUGCUGAAGGUGCUUGCUCGGUGGUGACGUGAGUUUUCCUUUUACACAGUAGCUGGUAUAUGAGUUUUUUUUAUACAUGACUUGCAUGAUCCUCGUUGGUCGGUCAAGUCUGGUUUUGAGGGUACCUAUUUCCAUCUGAGAUUUCUUCGUUUAGCUCAGGACCGCCUUCCUGCUGAAAUACUGCAGGUAGACAUUUACUUGUUUAGUGGGACUCAUACUGUGAGAACAAGUGCUUCUCUCAGCUGUGGAAUGUGGCUUGUUUUUUUUUUUUUUUUAAUUUAUUUUUUAAAACGUGGCUAUGAUUUAAAAUAUUCUGUCUUUUUAUCAUGACAAUAAAAUUUAUGUGCUAUAUCUUUCGUUUAUUUAA